ACAAAAAGAGCUACUAUCAUCAAAUCGCCAAAAAAAAAAAAAAAAAAAAAUUACAAACUCCAGAGAAAUCGGUUUCAUUUCACUAUGAUAUUGGGUCAGUGAUUUUGUGGUGUGCUUGUUGGAGUUUACAAAUGAGUGUUUCAUGAUGAGAGGGCUCAAGUGGAACAGUUGUAGAUGUGCACCCCUUAUAACAUGUUGUCUGAGUUGGUUGACACUGUGAAAUCAUGGUUGUGGAUCCCUAGGAGGAGUGAGCCACCAAAUGUGUCGAAGGACUUUUGGAUGCCCGAUCAUAGUUGUAUGGUAUGCUACGAGUGUGAUUCCCUGUUUACUGUAUUUAACCGAAAGCAUCAUUGUCGAAUUUGUGGCCUGAUUUUCUGUGCCAAGUGUACGGCAAACUCAGUUCCUGCCCCAUCUAAUGAGCCAAGGACUGGCCAGGAAGAUUGGGAGAGGAUUAGAGUAUGCAAUCAUUGCUUCAAGCAGCGGCAGCAGGGAAUAUCAACAGUUGAUAGUGGAACCAAUGUACCCAGUCCUGCUCUCAGUCCUUCACCAUCCGCAACAAGCUUGGCCAGCACCAAGUCAAGCCGCACUAGUAAUAAUAGCAGUAGUACUGUUGGUUCUACUCCUUAUUCAACUGGACCUUACCACCGUGUGAAUUACACUUCUUGUGUUUGUCCCCGUCAAGCUGCCCAAAUGAAUGCACCAUCAGUUGAGCAAAACAAUGAAUCAUCUGGGAGGAGCACAAGGCCAAGGGCAGCAGUGUUAAGUUCAUCUCCAAGUUAUUUUGCCUUCUGUGCUAACAGGCGUGAUGGAGAGAAUGAUGAGUAUGGUGCUUAUCGUUCAGAUUCUGAAACAAGGCAUUAUUCUCUGGCUGAAGACUAUGGUGGUGCAAUGAAUAUUGAUGCAAUUGAUCUUGCUUAUGGAUCAAAUAAAGUGCAAACUGAUGGAGAUAACAUUGAUGGCAGAACUCUAAAUGGCUCACUGCUACCUGAGAACUUCAAUUCCAGGGCAGCAAAUGGAAUUAAGAAACUUGAAGAAGUAGAUAAACAUGAUGAUGGUGAUGAGCGUGAUGCUUCCGCAUCUGCGUAUGAUGUGGGGGGUGAAGACACUGAACCUGUAGAUUUUGAGAACAAUGGGAUACUUUGGCUCCCUCCAGAGCCUGAGGAUGAAGAGGAUGACAGAGAAUCUUUUUUAUUUGAUGAGGAAGAUGAUGAUGCUACAGGCGAGUGGGGAUAUAUACAUUCAAACAGUUUUGGGAGCAGGGAGUGCCGCAGUAGGGAUAAGUCAAUUGAGGAGCACAAGAGGGCCAUGAAAAAUGUGGUGGAAGGGCAUUUUAGAGCUUUGGUGGCUCAGCUUUUGCAGGUUGAGAACCUGCCUGUGGGUGAUGAAGAUGGCGGAGAGAGUUGGUUGGAUAUAAUCACAUCUUUGUCAUGGGAAGCUGCUACACUUCUUAAGCCAGAUACAAGCAGGGGAGGAGUAAUGGACCCUGGAGAAUAUGUAAAGGUUAAAUGUGUAGCUUGUGGGCAUUCCAGUGAAAGUACUGUGGUUAAAGGAGUUGUUUGUAAGAAAAAUGUGGCUCAUCGGCGAAUGACAUCAAAAAUAGAUAAGCCGCGUUUUCUAAUCCUUGGAGGAGCUUUGGAGUAUCAGCGUGUUGCUAACCACUUGUCAAGUUUUGAUACUUUGUUGCAGCAGGAAAUGGACCACUUGAAAAUGGCCAUUGCUAAGAUUGACGCCCAUCACCCUAAUGUUCUAUUGGUGGAAAAGUCAGUAUCCAGGUAUGCUCAGGAGUACCUCCUUGCAAAGGACAUAUCACUAGUUCUGAAUAUUAAGAGGCCACUCUUAGAGCGUAUAGCACGCUGUAUUGGUGCACAAAUAGUACCAUCCAUCGAUCAUCUUAAAUCACAGAAGCUGGGGUACUGUGACGCAUUCCAUGUGGACAAAUUUUUCGAAGAGCAUGGAACUGUGGGACAAGAUGGGAAGAAGUUGACAAAAACUCUAAUGUUCUUCGAGGGAUGUCCUAAGCCUCUGGGUUUUACUAUCUUGCUUAAGGGUGCCAAUGUGGAUGAGUUGAAGAAAGUGAAACAUGUUGUCCAAUAUGCAGUUUUUGCAGCUUAUCAUUUGGCCCUUGAGACAUCAUUUCUGGCUGAUGAAGGUGCUUCGCUUCCGGACCUCCCUUUGAAGUCUCUCAUAACUGUUGCCUUACCUGAUAAGCCAUCAAGUGCUGACAGGUCCAUUUCCACUGUACCUGGUUUUGCAAUUCCUAGCAGUGGAAAACCUAUGGCGUCUCAGCUUAUUAGUGAACCACAGAAACCAAACAACAGCCUUCUCUCAGAUAGAGCCUCAUCCUCCAAUAUUGAGCCUACUUGCAAAUUGGAAGGGAUUAGUUCAACUUAUUCGUCAAAGGGACCCAUCUCACAGAUUUCAUGUAUAGAAUCGACCUCAAGUUCUAUUGCAGCUAUUGCCUCCUUCAAUUCACUGGCUUCAUUGGGGGAGAGUAUUUCCUCUUACAAUAAUGAACCCUUCAGAAAUUAUGCUUCUAGAGAGGAUAAUGCAGUGGGUCCUAAAGAACCUGUUGAGGACAAAGGAGCCAGUAGUGCAGAAUCUCUGAUAAAUGGCAAGUUGAUUUCUGAUUGUUGGCACUUGUCAGAGGUAUCAGACCAAAGUUUUUUUAGGAAUCAAGCCAAUGGCAAUAUUUUGGCAGCUAAUUCCCUACCUAGUCCAGAGUUGGCAUCUUCAGGACAUGACGCUAAUAAUACCAAUGAAGAGACAGGAGCUUUAAAGGAAGAGUUUCCUCCAUCAUCUUCAGAUCAUCAAAGCAUUUUGGUGACCUUAUCAACACGUUGUGUGUGGAAGGGCAGUGUGUGUGAACGGGCCCAUAUCUUUCGAAUCAAAUACUAUGGGAACUUUGAUAAGCCAUUGGGGCGGUUUUUACAAGAUCAUCUGUUUGAUGAGAGUUACCACUGUCGUUCAUGUAAUAUGCCAUCUGAGGCACAUGUUCAUUGUUAUACUCAUCAGCAAGGAAGCCUCACAAUAUCUGUUAAGAAAUGGCCAGAGUUACACUUACCAGGGGAGAGAGAAGGCAAAAUUUGGAUGUGGCAUAGGUGCUUGCGAUGUCCUCGAAUCAAUGGAUUCCCUCCAGCCACUCGGAGAGUUGUAAUGUCAGAUGCUGCCUGGGGUUUAUCCUUUGGGAAAUUUCUGGAGUUGAGCUUUUCUAAUCAUGCAGCUGCAAGCAGAGUUGCAAGCUGUGGCCAUUCCCUUCACAGAGACUGUCUUCGAUUCUAUGGUUUUGGGAGGAGGGUUGCUUGCUUCAGAUAUGCUUCAAUUGAUGUGCACUCUGUUUACCUUCCACCUCUCAAACUGGAGUUUAAUUAUGGCACUCAGGAGUGGAUACAAAAAGAAGCUGAUGAGGUGAAAAGCAGGGCUGUGAUCCUAUUUAAUGAAGUGCAAAAUGCUCUCCAAAAGAUAUCUGAGAAAAUUUCAGGCUCAGGAUCGCCUGACAUAAGGAUGAAUAUCGAAGAACUGGAAGGCAUGCUGCAAAAAGAUAAAGAAGAACUCCAGGAAUCUUUUCAGAAAGCAGUGUAUAAGGAAGGGAAAGCUGGCCAACCGUCAAUUGAUAUUCUUGAGAUCAAUAAGUUACAGAGGCAGAUACUCUUCCAUUUUUAUGUUUGGGACCAACGCCUGGUAGAACAUGCAUCCAGUCUAACCAACAACAAUCACCAGGAACUUAUAGGAAGUUCCGAGCCAAAACUUGGACUGAAGCUGGCCAAUUCUGUGGAGAAACUUACUGAGAUAAAUGUCAGUCCCAAGCUUGGUAAAGCCUUAAAUGGUUGUGACCCAAUAGAGACCAAGCCUAACAUUAAUCACAGGGGCAAUAGUGAUCAUGGUAUUGAGCUAGGUGAAAAUCAUAAAGAUGGUAACAUGGACCAGGACAUGGAUAAGCCUUCUCAUUCUCCUAGUGUGAUUUCUGGUGAUAAAUCUGAACCUCUAGAAUCUGGAAAAGUUGUGCAAAGGGCCCUCUCAGAGGGUGAGUUUCCAGUUAUGGGAAAUCUAUCUGAAACCCUCGAGGCAGCCUGGACUGGUGGAAUUCAGCCAGGUAGCAUAUCAGCUAAAGAGAAUGGCUAUUCUUUUCCUGAUUCAACCUUGAUAGAUCCAUCAACAGUGGUAAAUACAGUUGCUGUAAAUUCAGAUCUUGGAGUUCAUAAAAUUUAUCAGGGUGGGCCUGGUGUAGCUUGUUCUUCUCAGUCUGCUUCACCAACAAAGAACCCAGAAAAUGUCAAGAAUUCCCUGAAUGUAGCAAGGUUGUCCUCUCUAAAUUCGUAUAGUUCAUUUGGAAGGAUUUCUUCAUUGAAUACUCAAAAACUAGUUGGCAACUAUAGUCCUUCCUAUGUCUUGCCAUUUAGAGAGUUGGAAAAGCUAAGUAGAGCAAGGCUGCUUCUUCCUGUUGGUGUGAAUGAUACAGUUGUGCCUGUUUAUGAUGAUGAGCCCACCAGUAUUAUAGCAUAUGCACUUCUCUCAUCUGAUUAUCAUGUCCAAAUGUCUGAGUCAGAAAGAGGCAAAGAUGCUUGUGACACUGCAGUUGCAUUAUCCCUUUUUGAUUCAGUGAAUUUGCUCUCCCUUAACUCUGUUGAUGAAACAUUAUCAGAUUCAUAUAGAAUUUUUGGAUCUGGUGAGGACAAUAUCUCCCGAACCUCCCAGGGCACUGACCCGCUGUUCUGCAUGAAGGAUUUGCAUGCCAGAGUCUCCUUUACAGAUGAUGGUCCUCUUGGCAAGGUCGAGUAUACUGUGACCUGUUACUAUGCUAAGCGAUUUGAGUCCUUGAGGAGGACUUGCUGCCCUUCUGAGCUAGAUUUUAUACGGUCUCUAAGUCGUUGUAAGAAGUGGGGUGCUCAGGGUGGCAAGAGUAAUGUCUUCUUUGCAAAGACCUUAGAUGAUCGAUUCAUCAUCAAACAAGUUACGAAGACAGAGCUAGAGUCAUUCAUCAAGUUUGGACCUGCUUAUUUCAAUUAUUUAUCUCAUUCAAUCAGUAAAGGAAGUCCAACUUGCUUGGCAAAGAUCUUGGGUAUAUAUCAGGUUUCAUCAAAGCACCUUAAAGGAGGGAGAGAACCAAAAACGGAUGUCUUGGUGAUGGAAAAUCUUCUCUUUGGGCGUAAUGUUACAAGGCUUUAUGACCUUAAGGGAUCUUCUCGAUCACGAUAUAAUCCUGAUACAAGUGGGAGCAACAAAGUUUUGCUGGAUCAGAAUUUGAUUGAAGCAAUGCCAACUUCUCCAAUUUUGGUUGGAAGUAAGCCAAAGCUAUUGUUGGAGAGGGCUGUCUGGAAUGAUACUUCUUUUCUGGCUUCAGUUGAUGUAAUGGACUACUCAUUGCUGGUCGGUGUGGAUGAGGAAAAGCGCGAGCUGGUUCUUGGAAUCAUUGAUUACGUGCGGCAAUAUACAUGGGACAAGCACCUUGAACAUUGGGUGAAGACAUCAGUCAUCCUUGGUGGGGUUAAGAACACGUCUCCAACUGUGAUCUCUCCCCAGGAGUACAAAACACGAUUCAGGAAAGCUAUGACUAGGUAUUUUGUUAUGGUGCCAGAUCAAUGGACUCCCACCACCAUCGUUCCUAGUGGAUCUCAGACAGACCUUUGUGAAGAAAACGCACAAAAUGAUACUUCCCUUGAAUCAUGAUGUUAAGCAUUUCUCCCUUAUAUCUCCUAGAUGUAAGAAGAUAGCCAUUUUUGCCCAUUUUUCAUUCAUUUAUCCUGUCUAUUUUUCUUCCAUCCAAUUGUAAUUUUAGAUAGAUCCCAUGUUCCCUCAACUUAUAUAUUCAUGUGUUAAUUCUUUAACAUCAUAAGGGAAAGACCGAUUUCACACUCAGGUUUCAUGUACUGUAAAUGUUGGCAUAGUAUUACUGAAUGUUUUUCUCGUUGACAUGUUUACAUUUAUCAAUUAAUUUUUGGAAUUUUU